GGCGGGCGGCGCGGUGCACUACUAUAAAGGGCGGCUCGCCGUGGACCGGGUAGCAGACAGUCUGACCCGAAGCCAUGAAGAGCAUCGUGCUUGUGUGUUUCGCCCUCGUGGCCGUCGCGUAUGGCCAGGAGAGCUUUAAAUGCCCAGACGACUACGGCUUCUACCCCCACAGCGUCUCGUGCGACAAAUACUGGAAAUGUGACAACGGCGUGUCAGAGCUCAAGACAUGUGGGAACGGAUUAGCCUUCGAUGCCUCCGACGACAAGUUCCUCACCGAGAACUGCGAUUACCUCCACAACACAGACUGUGGUGACCGCACCCAGCUUGAGCCCGCCAUCAGCACCCCCCACUGCCCGCGCCUGUACGGAAUCUUCGCCGACGAGAAGAAGUGCGACACGUUCUGGAACUGCUGGAACGGUGAGGCGUCGAGGUACCAGUGCUCGCCCGGCCUCGCCUACGACCGCGAGGCCCGCGUCUGCAUGUGGGCCGACAAGGUCCCCGAGUGCAAGAACGAAGAGGUCGCCAACGGCUUCGCCUGCCCCGCCGCCGGUGAGAUCGCCGGUGCCGGUGGCUCCUUCUCCCGCCACGCGCACCCCGAGGACUGCCGCAAGUACUACAUCUGCAUGGAGGGAGUCGCCCGCGAGUACGGCUGCCCCAUCGGCACCGUGUUCAAGAUCGGCGACUCUGAGGGCUCCGGCGUCUGCGAAGACCCCGAGGACGUUCCCGGCUGCGAGGACUACUACGGCAAGCUGGAUCUGAAAGCUCUGCGGAAACUGGGCUACUAGAUCGUACCACUUCGACCGUCGGAACAGCAGAAGCAGCAGCUGCAGUGGCAGCAGCAGCAGCAGCGACAACUGCCACGAGAAGGAAUCUAACAGAAACAACAUCAACAACAACAACACCUACGUCGCGACUCACUAGCUGCCGCGGCGUACCACCGAGCCUCCACCACUCCUAUCUCAUUUACUCGCUGUGUCGCGGUGGAGGCGGGGUGGUCUCCACCCAACAACAACAACAACAACAACAACAACAAGGCCGGCCCGACACUCGUAACGAUGUUGCAGGCCCAGAUGACUAUCAAUACGAAUAGGUGCGUGGUGGCGAGGGCCCCUCAUAGACAACGACGACGAAAUUUAGUCGCGCUGUCGUCAUGGUGGCGUUUCGGCUCAUCACAAUUUCAGCCUUCAAGCCACACACUAAAUCCGUACGCAUAGAUUGUGCUGUGUAUAAACAUGCAGAAUUUUAUACAGCCAUAAAUUAUGCACACUUGAAUGAAUGCAUGACUAUGAUGUACAGUUUGUGCAUAAUUAUGCACAAUUUGUACAUGAUUAUGCUUAAAAUUUGUGCAUACUUAUGGCUGUAUAAAAUUCUGCAUAUGUCUAGGCACAAUAAAAUGCAUAAGGGUUAGUGUAAAAGCAUACGACCAGUUUGACGUCUGGACGACAUUAUUGCAGUAUACUGCAGGACUUUUGAAGAGAGCGUGUGCGUGCGUGUGUGUCAGUAGUUACCGAAUCUUAGCUCUAGUCUUUUCCCCGACUUUUAUGUUAUCUGCGACUGAAAAAUACAAGUCUGGAUUCGCGCGCGGCUCUAUCCGGUCGUAAAGAAAGAGUAAUAUUUAUUGGACGCAACGCCAAGGCGAGUUGCGCACAAGGCGUCCCUGCCUCUCCAGCGGGCGCGGCCUUUCCGACGUGCCAAAACUGAGCCCGCAGUCUAUUUAUGUAGACGCCUUUCACAAUGUCGGAAAACCAGCGGUGCCUGACCGCGAGGGACCUCUGUCAGAAUGAUAUCGAAUCGGAGUGACCUUAUUCUUCUUUCCCCACCGUGUUGUCAGAAAGUCAUACGAGCACGUCUUAAUGACGUCUUAUAGGACUUAGACAAAUCAAAAAUUUGGGCAUAAAACGUGUCAAUGCCAACGCUCCGCGUGCGAGAAUAUCGGAGCGGCAAGGCCGUAAAAUCUCUUUCCUCGUCGACCUUACUUCUUUUUAAAAAGAAUAAAAUGAAGCUAGAAAAUGACUGGCGAGCGAAGUGUGCAGCAACGCAAGAAAAGGCUUUGCGCCCAAGUCAGUCUAAUUGGAAGUGAGAUCAUUACGCGUAGUUUGUAGAAAAAAGUUUUAGUCUUAACUUGUAAAACGUUUCUUUUAAAACAGACUAAAAUUCUGACCUUUUCUGAGGUGCAUAUAGAGUAGCUGCUUAGAGCAGAUUGUAAUAAUUAUUGUUUCAUGACCACGGCGUGCCAUUUUGCCAUCCCACAAGUGCCAACGUGCGCUUAAAAUCCAAUUGGGUUUCCCAAAGCAACAUUUAUGAAAAUUACAGUACGUAAAUGAAUGGGUAUGUCUGUAGGUGUGUGUGCGUGUGAGAGAGAGUGAGUGUCUGCGUGUGAGAGAGAGAGAUAGAGUAGAAGUAAGCGAAUGAGUGUUAUCUAUCCUAUAGUGUUACUUAUGCGUACAAGUCAGCUGUCGAUGCAUUCACUAAUGUCAUCGUGUACAAAACAAUAAUAAAGAUUUUCCCCGAAACUCUCCAAUAA